AUGGGUGAUGCUGGCGGGACGAUGUCUGUUAGAGGAAAAUUUAAAGGAAAAAUGGAAGAGGAUGAUGAAUCAGAAGAAGAGGUUUGGGAUUCAGAUGAGGAAGACGAAACAAUUGCCAGGAUACAACGGGCACAUUUUGCGCAAGCCGCUGCUAUGAACCCUCGAAGAAGAGCGGCUGCACGACCACCAAGGAUGAGCCAUAAACGAAAAAUGGAAGCAGUUAAAACUUUUCACGAUUUUACAAAGAAAUUAAAAAAAGAUACUGGUAUUACUAUUCGAAGUUUAAUUGGUCAAAAUGUAUUAGAUCUAAGUGAUUUUUCUAGUGAAGAUAGUAAAAGUGACAGUGAUGGUUUAUCAGAGGAAGAGUUUGUUGUUGAUCCAAGUGCUGUGCAAGACUUAAAUGAAGAAAACGAAAGCUAUAUUGAUCCAGAAACAGGUGAUUUUAUAGAAGCAAAGAAAACAAAGCAAGCACAGAUGCAGGAAAUGCCAUCCAUUAACAAUGAAUCCUUGGUGGAGGACAAUUUUGAAGAACCCAAAACACUGACAAUAAAUGAUAUUAUAAAUGAGGGGGAUUUGGAUUUAUCAAAAAAUGUUGAGAUAGCUGAAGUAGAAGAGAGUGAACUGUGUCCUGGUAAAAUUGCAGACGAUUUGUUGAACAUGACAAAACAGGAAAACCAAGAAUUCAGUGGUGAAAAUUUGAAAGAGAUGGAUGAAAUUGAUGUUAAACAAUCUAAAAGUGAUGAGGAUAGUGAACAAGCUGAAGAAAAAACAUCUGAAACUGAUGAUGAGAAAAAGGCAUUAAAUCCAAACACAUUGAACAUGCGGCGAAAUAUAAGGGAAGUUAUGGAUGAGAAAAAUUUAGAUGCUUCGACAUUGGCUGCUCAGAGGCAAGAAUCGGAGAGAUUGGCUAGAGUUCAAGAGCAACAGAGAAUAAUAAGAGAGGUUCAAAGACAAAUAGCAAUAAAUAGACAAAAUAAAAUACAUCAAAAAACUUUAUCUCUUCUACAAGGUGGAUCUUCGAUAUUAAAAAAGGGAGGUUCUGGCCAAAAAUUAAAUUUACCUAACACAGUAUUAGUAAAAUUACCUUCUGGUGAAGUUAAAAAGACUUCAGUGAAACAGGGACAAGUCGAAGUAACAAAGGUAUCAAAGCCUACAACAUCAGCUUUAGCACAGAAAUUAACUAGACCAGAUCAAAAGUCUGAAAAAAAGGAGGUGGUAGAAAUAGUAGAUAGCAGUAGCGGUGAAGACUCAUCAUCUUCAUCUUCAGAUUCAGAUGACUGCAUAAUGUUGUCAGACUCUGAAGUACCACCUAGUCCAGAGGCUGAUGAAGAUCCCAGUAAUUCUGGUCUUCAUGUAAAUGACGCGUAUAACAUUCCUGAUGAACAAGGGCGUGUCCUAAUUAAUAUAGGCCAUGCAGAAAAUGAAGAAGACAUAUUUUUAGCUCCUCAAAUUGCUCGAAUUAUUAAACCACAUCAGAUUGGUGGAGUCAGAUUCCUUUUUGACAAUAUUAUAGAAUCUGUGCAGAGGUUUUCCACAUCUACUGGCUUUGGCUGUAUAUUAGCACAUUCUAUGGGUUUAGGGAAGACCUUACAAAUAGUUUGCUUCUGUGAUAUAUUUCUUCGACACACGAAUUCCAAGACAGUUUUGUGCAUUAUGCCCAUUAACACUCUUCAAAAUUGGGUGGCAGAAUUUAAUAUAUGGCUGCCUUUAGAUGCUAGCAAAAGUCCCUUAUCGGCGCACGGUGAAGUUCGACCGCGGAAUUUUCCUAUUUAUGUUUUAAAUGAUAGUCACAAGACACUACAAAUGCGUGCAAAAGUUGUUAAGGAUUGGAAAACAACAGGUGGUGUUCUAAUGAUAGGAUAUGAAUUAUAUAGACUGUUAAGUAUGAAAAAGGAUAAAAAACCUCGAAAGAAAAAGAAAGCUGAUAAGAAUGAGGAUAAAGAGAAAGAGGAUAAAAAAAACGAUGGAAAUGAUGACCCACCACAGGGCAUAGAUGGAAAGCCUGAAGAGCGCGAAAAAGAUGAUGUUGACUCAUUAGGAAAAGAUAUUGAAGCGAAAGAUGAGAAAAAGGAGGAUACACCAAAUGAUGAAGACAAAAAGCUUUUAGAUGAAAUGUAUGAAGCAUUGGUGCGUCCGGGACCAGACCUGGUGAUUUGCGACGAAGGGCACCGCAUCAAGAAUUCCCAUUCAAACAUAUCGUAUGCUUUAAAACAAAUGAGAACAAAACGUCGAGUUGUUCUCACGGGUUACCCUCUUCAGAAUAACUUGUUGGAAUAUUGGUGUAUGGUGGAUUUUGUUCGGCCAAAUUACUUGGGUAGCAAAACGGAGUUCUGCAACAUGUUUGAGAGGCCCAUACAGAAUGGACAGUGCAUAGAUUCAACACCUCAAGAUAUAAGGCUCAUGAGGUAUAGGGCUCAUGUACUGCACUCACUGCUCGUGGGCUUUGUUCAAAGGCGAUCCCAUGCCGUAUUACAAUCAACAUUACCACAAAAAGAAGAAUACGUAUUACUAGUUCGUAUGACGCCAUUACAACGUAAACUGUAUGAUAGAUUUAUGAAUGAAGUAGUGAGAUCUGCUUCUGUUCCAAAUCCGUUGAAAGCUUUCGCUAUAUGUUGUAAGAUUUGGAACCAUCCGGAUGUUCUAUAUAAUUUCUUAAAGAAGCGCAGUGAAGUGAAUGCGGCCAUAGAAGAAGAUUUAGACUUGGAGGAGAUUGGUGGAGUGACUAAAGCUGGUAGAGCUAAAAAUAAUAAGACGACGAGACGAGCUGCGAAACCUCGGGGAUCGUCGAAGAAACCCGCUGCAACCAUACCCCCCAACACAACAGCCCCAGUACAACGUCAAGAAUCAAACACAUUUGGAGAUUCACAAUUUCCUUCAAAUGGGCCACCAUAUUCUCAAAACAAUUACCCCAAUCAACCACCCAAUAGACCUCCUAGUGAUGGAUCAAGCUACCCUCAAUAUCCAUAUCAGAAUUCCAACACAGGAUAUUUUCCACCAAAUCAGGAAUAUAAUCAAGAGUAUGGCAACAAUUACUAUCCACAACAGACUCCAUUUACUGGUAAUUACCCAAACCAAUACCCACCAAAUAAUUCAGAACAAGGGUACAAUCAGAAUUACUGGGGUAAUAGUAAUUAUUACGGUAACCAGGGUUACUAUGGCAACCAGCAAUAUGGACCUAAUCAACCCUCACAAGAAUUCAACGGAAAUCCCCCACCUGGAUAUAACAAUCCUCAACAGUACCCGGCGAACUAUACACCUUCCAAUAAUUCAUAUCCUCCGAAUUCAAUGCCACCUUAUCCAAAUAAUCAAGAAGGUUAUGGAAAUCAAACUAGACCGUACCAAGGACCAUUUCCAAACGAGCCGGGUUAUUCCCAAUAUAAUACUCAAAACACACCCCCCAGUUCAUCGUAUCCAAGUAACCAGCAACCACAAGAAUUUCCCAACCAAACUUAUCCGCAGACUUAUUCUGGCAACAAUGCAUAUGAUGCUAAUGCUCCCAGUUCUUACAAUCAGUAUAAUAAUCAACCUCCAAAUUAUCAGAAUUUCCCGAACACUCCAGGAAGUAUUCCAAAUCCACCUCAAGCGAAUGUUAACCAACCUCCCAUUAAAACUGAAUGUCCCAUUGACUCUAAUUAUCGUAAUGAAGUGAAGUCUGAACCAAAUGAAUCUCAAAACCAAUCAGUUAACUAUAAUCAUUCCUACAACUUUCAACAAAAUCUGCCAUAUUCGGAAACAAAUAAUCCGAAUGGUAAUUUUCCAUAUCCCAAUUUCCCUCCCGCCCUUGAAACUAAACCGCCUCUAUGCAGUUCUAGUUCCGGAAGUCCCGUCACCUCGUGGCCCUUAACGGAAACUCUCAAAACAGAAAUUGAUAAACUUAAAGCUGAAGAUAAAAUGGAGAUGAAAUCUGAAUCAGAUGGAGAAGUUAAAAUUGAGGAUUUGGAUACGAAAAAAAUCGUUAAAGAUGAAGUUAAAAAGGAAUUUCAUGUGCCACCAAUGGUGCCCAAACAUAUGCCACCGGAAUACGUAAAAAAUGAUAUACCAAGAACGGAGGCAAAGAAUCAUACUUUAGAGCCAGAUGUAGAAACUACGAAAAAAGGCAAACAGAGAGGAAAAAGCAAAGACGAUAAAAAGGCAGAAAAGCCAAAACCUAGAGGUAGAGCGGCUAAACCUAAAGGCCGUAAGGAUCGGAAAACAUCAAAAGAAAAGAACAACGACGAGUCAGAAUCUGAAGAAAGUGAAAAAGAAGAAAAAUUAAAUAAAGAAGAAGAAAUAGCGUUAACGAAGAAAGCAGAAGAAGUAACUUACGAUUGGGCAACGGAAUUAUUAAAAGAUUAUAUUCCUGGUAUAAUAGAAAACUCUGCGAAAAUGGAACUUUUCUUCUACAUUUUAAACGAGAGUAUAAAACUAGGAGAUAGACUAUUGCUGUUCAGUCAGAGCUUGUUUACACUUAAUCUUAUUGAAAAUUUUCUGGAGAGAAAUUAUAUUCCAGGCACGAAUCGUCUUUGGGAGAGGAAUACGUCAUACUAUCGUCUCGACGGGUCGACCCACGCGCUAGAGCGAGAGAAGUUAAUAAACGAGUUCAACGCGAACCCCCAAGUGUACCUGUUCCUGGUGUCGACGCGCGCCGGCUCGCUCGGCAUCAACCUGGUGGGCGCCAACCGCGUCAUCGUGUUCGACGCCAGCUGGAACCCCUGCCACGACACGCAGGCCGUUUGUAGGGUUUACAGAUAUGGUCAAAAGAAGCCCUGUUUUGUGUACCGUUUCGUUAUGGAUUGUUGUCUUGAGAAGAAGAUCUAUGAUAGACAAAUAAAUAAACAAGGGAUGGCUGACCGAGUCGUAGACGAGUGUAAUCCGGACGCUGUUCUAUCUAUGAAGGAAAUUACUAACUUAUGUUUUGACAAUGAUGAAAAGGAGUCUGAAAUCAAGGAUUUAUCAGAGCACAAAGAUAAAUACAUAGAUGUGCUAAUGCAGGGUAUUAUUACUUUGCACGGGAAGUCUUUGAGUAAAGAACCUUUUCAACAUGAGUCACUAUUAGUUGAUAGAAAAGAGAAGAAAUUAUCUAGUGCUGAGAAACGACUUGCGCAAAGAGGGUACGAGCUGGAGAAGAAGGCGGCGGCGGCGCCGAAGCCCGCGGCGUACCGCACGGUGCGCGCGGCCGACGGCAGCCUGGUGACGCGGCCCGUGGCGUCCGUGCGCCCGCUGCCGCCCGCCGCGCGCUGGAUCCCCGCCGACGUGUGGCGCCGCCAGGGCAUGACCGCGCAGGAGAUGACCCUGCCCCUCGAUGUGGUAAUACCGACAAACUCAGCCGAGAAAACUAAUAUUGUGCUCAAGGCGGGUCAACGCGUUAUGGUGUUGAAAUCACCUAAAGGAAUCUAUAUGCAACUGGAAUCUGGCAAGAUAAUCGCAAUCAAGACGUCUCUAAAGGGUUUGGGUCAAAAGGGAGGCGAUACUAAAGAUAACCAAGUUGGUAAGAAAAUUUUAGGUAACCGACCGGCUCCAGUCAACAUACCUGGAUCGUUAAAAAAUAACUCUGCAAUCACAAUAACAUCAAAAACCGGUCAAAGGCCGGGCUACCAUAGAGUUAUAAGACCUCCCAUGAACAAAAUCACAAGGCCGGUGUUGCCGGGACAAAAAAUUGCCGAUAUAAGAAAUCGGUUGGGAGAUAUACGUUCAUAUUCAGCCACGCGAACUAAGUUGCCAAUUUCACCAAGAAUGCUAAGGCCCAAUUUACCUGGCUCGCUCAGUAUUACGAAGAUACCUAAAGACGUUAAAAGACCUAGUGAUGUUAAUUCACGUGUUUCAACUAAUAUUAAUGAUGAACCUCAAGUUUUAGACAGUGAUGAUGAAGAUGAUUCAAAUAGAAAAUUCAUACAAUCUAGGACUAUUCAAGACAACAAUCACACAAAUGAUAGGACAGCAGAAAGUACGAUGAAAGUGCCAGACGAUAGUAAUAAAAUAUCGGAGAAGGAAAAUUUUAAAAACGACAUCUCCGAACCCUUAGUAUUAACCACAGACGAAAAAUUACCCCCCGAAGAUGUGCUAGAAGUUAAGCCUACUGAAAAUGAGAGUAUUCUAGAGCCCGUGAAUCUACAAACGAAAUUGCAAGACGAUGCGCCAAUGAAUCUCGUUAGUCGAACGUCUAGUAAGAUUAAUUUGCUUAAAAACUAUAGGCACCAACGUCCAGGCGUUCGGCACCAAAAUGAAUCCAGUUUGAGUCAACUGGAAAGGACAACGAGUGCAUUUAGCAAAGACGGCAUACCAGAUUUCAGAAAGAAUUUGGACGAUAUCACUCAAUCAUACUCCCCCGGUCCUGAGGAGAAAAUCUCUUCGAGGAAAAAGAAGUCGCCAAACAAAAUAGACGUGUCAGAAACACAAAAUGAUAGACAGGCAAACAUGACCCACAGUGUGUCCAGUCUUCUAGGCCCUAAUAAAUCGAGGCUGGUAGAAAAUAUGGUGAAUUCAUCGCAAAAUAGAAUACCGACUUCGAGUAAUAUGGCGGGGUUACCUCAAGAUGUUUAUAUGUCAAAUAAAGUUCCAAUGGCAAACAUUGGCCAUACUAUGUUGGCGAGUACGUCGCCGUUAAGUAAUGAGGGUCCAAUUAGUGGGCCUCAACCCACAAACGUCAUUCCCAACCCAUUGCCAACAUCAAGUCAAACAUACUCUGGCAAUCCACCGCCUGAAACGCCAUAUGGACAAUAUCCAGCAGGCUACAGCAUGGGCUACGGCGCGUAUCCCAACGCUCCCUACUACGGCUACGGCGGGUACUAUCCGUACGCGGGCGCGGCGCAGCCCUACGCCGGGGGUGCCCCCGUCCCUCCCGCGGCCCCCGCACCCCCCGGGGCCCUCGUACCCCCCGGGGCCCUCGUAUCCCCCGGAGCUCUAGUACCGCCCGGGGCACACGCGGCCCCCGCUGCGGAGCCCUACCCCCCGCCCAACUCUCAGUGG